AUGACCAUUCUAUAUCCACCCCCACAUUGCAUAUGCGCUUCCAUUCUCACACAACGUUGCCCUGCAUGUUUUGGAGGCAUACAUUUUGGCAGGCCACUCAAUGAAGGUGGCGACAUACAUGUUGCCACGGAUGGCAACUUUCAUCAUCAACAUCGUCGAUCUGCGGGCGACUGCCCCCGCUUCUAUGAUCCUUCCUAUUUCCUUCCCAAGACUCAGGUGGAUGAUGUUGGCUGCCGCAUACUCUCACUCCGUAAACGUCCUCUGAAGAAGCACACUUUUUCUGUGCCAUAUGAAGCGAUAGAUCAAUGCGAAGACUCAUAUGAAGCUGCGGACGGCAAGAAACAGAAGGCAGCCAUGGACUCCUUCAAUGAUACAGGAUAUGAUAUUCUCCCUUCUUCGGUGACAUUGCGUCUUCGGUUCGCAACCACAGCUAUGCAUGCAUACAGCCAUGAGUGGGCAUGUCAGCUCGAGUAUAACCCUCGGAUGUGUAUUGGUCUUGGACUAUCAGAUGGUGAGGAUUCAGUCAAACUGAUUGGAAUUCAACGAUUAUCCUCAUGCCAGAGGUGCCUUUGGUUGAUAGACAGGCAAGCAGCAGCCAUUGGUAUGGAGAUGCAAGUUGAACUUGGUGACUGGAUCAAAUGUCGCCUGAAACGUGGAGUUAACAAUCAAGGAUCUGCAGUGAAGGAAGUCCUUAUAAAUUGUGGAAUCCCCACCGAGGAUCUGCAGACUCAAUGGUCUGAUCAAAAGAAGUCACAGCUUUCCAUUCGUGCCCGUACGUCAGGUUUGGCCACCGAAGAGACUCUAGAUGCUGUAGCAAGCCUCGAGCGCAGCCAUGAACAUUUAAUGAAUAAGGUUGAAGUACUGUAUUCAUCACUAAACAUACAUGAUAGGUUUCCAGAAUUGCAAGAUGUUGACUUAGAUUUUGUUCAAACACUCAUGGCCUGCAACCUCAAAAUCAACAUAUGGAAGAGAGCCAUAGGGAGCUUUUUCGAGUGGGACAAACUUGACCAUGCCAUUGGUGGUGCAAAUCAGGCCCUCGGUACAAAACUCCACCAACAAACAUGUAAAGCCAUUGUGAAGCGCCAGCCGGCACUAAUGACUGCGAUCCGCAAAUUCAACUCAUAUUGCGAGCAUCUGGAGAGCCUCUAUGAUCCGGCUUGGGAUGUUUGGAUUACCCCAUCAGUAGGUAAUGUUCCCUGUUGGAUCGAAGAUGUGGACGUCAGAGAUGGCAUUCGAGCAAUGUUGAAAUGGGAUCGGUGUCAGGAAGAACAACGUCACCUUGGGCUUGAGGCUGACAAUCUCUGUUGGUGGUUCAGAGAUGAAUUGGCAGCGCUCGAGCUUGCUCUGCACUCGCCUUCAAACCAAACCUUCUUGUUCACAAUCCAGCAACACCGUGAUCACGUCCUUCAGCUACAGACUCGAUGGGUUACCCCAUUAGCGUCCUCUACUUGCUUCACUAGCAAUGGCAAUGCAGCACUCAAACUUGCCAUUGAUCUUUCUGGGAGCCGGGGAUCCUCUGUGUACACGAUAAAAGCCUCUACAUAUGUAUAUCAUUGGAUACAGAUUGACAAGGGCUCCCUUUCUGACCUCUUUGUGGAGCCUCCCCAGAGGCUCCAGUGA